UUUUUACGUAUCACACUCCAUCAAUACAUACACGUAUGACCUGUUUUCUACACACAAUUUCUUCAUUAUUGAUUAUUAUAUUCAUCAUCAUAAAAGUGGUGAUGACAGUAUCAUAGAUGUGGAAGAACUAGCGAUUACAAAGGAAAAGAGGAAAGGAAAAAUUAUUCUUGCUCUUCUGCGCUCGUUUGUUGGGCUGGACUUUUGAAUUGUAUUGAGACGAAUCAUAGUUAUAAUGCAGACUUCUAUAAGUUAUCGAUGGGUCGUCGUUUUAGCGGCCAUGUCUGUUCGCACAAUCGUUUAUGGCAUUACAUAUACAUCAGGAAUUGUCUACGUCAUAAUUCUGCAAAGCUUUGAAACCGGUAAAGCUGAAACGUCAUUGAUGACAUCUUUAGUAACUACUGUCAUGUUUACAGCAGGUCCUCUAAGUGGACGGUUGUUGAAAACUUUUGGAUGGCGGAUCACAGCUGUUAGUGGCGGAUUGGUGGCAGGAAUAGGACUCCUCCUGUGUUCACUGUCUUCAAGACUUACUUUUCUCAUUUUAUCGUAUGGUUUUGUCACAGGAUUUGGAUGCGGUAUGACUUACAUGGUUGCCUGUAUAGCAGUUCCUGCCCAUUUCCUUGGCCAUCCUCGGCAGAAGAUCGCCGUAGCAUUGGCAUCUUGUGGCACAGGGGUUGGAACGUUCGUGUUUUCGCCAAUAAUUCAAGUGAUCGACUCCACAUACGGCUGGAGAGGUCUUUUCGUAAUUUUGGCGGGAGUUGCCUUGCAAUUCUGCAUCAUUGGACUCCUUUUUCGACCAGUAUCGCCCUCAACAUCUGAAACGUGUGAAAAAAUGACGGCGACAUGGACCUUUAUGAGAAACCCUGAUUUUUAUGCGACACAUCUUGGUUUCUUUUUGACCACCUUUGGAGAUUCCAUUAUUUUUGGUCAUCUUGGCGAGUAUGUAGAAACUUUAGGUCUAACUAAUGACAAGGGAGCCUACCUCUACUCUUUUAUUGGCAUAUCAGUGGUGAUUCUGAAACUAUUGCAGGGUGCUGUUUUAGAUAACAGAGUGUCGGUCUUCAUGCCAAUGAAGCUAGCCAUUAUUUUCUUCUUACUGGGGGGCGUUGCCACUGCGUUUUUGUUGCUUUCGGAAGAAUACAGCGUUUUGGUAAUUUACUCAAUUUUCUUUGGGGCCAAUACUGCAGCAAAUGGGGGAGCCAUUGUUGUUGGUAUUUUAGAAACUUAUUACGGAUUUGAAAAUUUAGAAUUAACCUUUGGAAUGUAUCUUGGUGUGUUGGGGAUCGGGAAUCUUCUUGGCGCUCCAAUAGCUGGUACUUUGUUUGAGCUCUGUGAUUCCUACACACCGGUACUGAUCAUGGUUUGUGUAUCCAAAGUCCUCAGUUGCUUCCUGCUGUUACUUGUAUACAAGGUCUGCCCAGGGAAACCUACGGUCAAAAGUCUAGAAAUUAGCUCACCGAAAAAGGAAGCAAAUUCUAAGAUCUAUUUUGGAGGAGUUGUGGACAACAAUGCGGAAGAGAAAUAUCCUUUAUUGAUGGAGGGGAAUCCUCCUGAAUAUUCCCGGACGGGAAACACAUACAGUGAUCUGAAGAUCCUCGAAAAAGAGACAAUUGGCGGUGUUCACUCUAACUUUUCACUAGAAGUGGUAGAAAAUCUGACGUGAUAUGGAGUUGUUUUAAUGUUCUUCAAAUACAUGUAUUAUAUAAUACUAACAUUACGAUCGCCUUACAGUAUUAGGCCACUUCUUAUUCUGUAGAUGACUGCAAAUUGUCGUCAAGCUCAAUUGACUAUACAUGUAUUGUGGAAGUCUAUCACGGAAUUAGGCAUGACAAAUUAUCGAUUGAUUGAUUGAAUAUUGUUUGACGUCCCUCUCGAGAAUAUUUCACUUAUAUGGAGACGUCACCUUUGCCAGUGAAGAGCUGCAAAUUUUAGGCCUAUGCUCGGCGCUUAUGGCCAUUGAGCAGGGGGGGGGGGGGGGGUGUCUUUAUCGUGCCCACACCUGCUGUGACACGGGACCUCGGUUUUGCGAUCUCAUCCAAAGGACCGCACCAUUUAGUCUACUCUUACGACAAGAAAGGGGUUACUGAUGACCUAUUUUAACCCGGAUCGAUAUUUGCAGAAAUUUAGUCGGUGUUCAUGCAAAAAACAUUUUUAACCCUCCAGAAAAAUAUUAUAUAAGGUUACAGCAAAUAUUGUUCAUGUACAUGAUAAAUGGUAUCAACAAAUUUUC